UUAGCGUCACAGCCUCUUCCUGGUUCGCAAUGCUGCUUAUGGAUGCUAAACAUCUUUCUCACAAAACUACAAAUUAAUAAAAUUAGCUACAGAAGUUACAGAAGGAGAUAUAAGUGCAGUUGAGCGGGACACCGUCGCGAUGGGUUUGCUGACGAUUUUAAAGAAAAUGAAGCAGAAGGAGCGGGAGAUGAGGCUGCUGAUGUUAGGUCUGGACAACGCGGGGAAGACGACCAUCCUGAAGAAGUUUAAUGGAGAAGACGUCAGCACCAUCUCCCCAACCCUGGGCUUCAACAUCAAAACACUGGAGCACAAAGGGUUUAAAUUGAAUAUAUGGGAUGUAGGGGGUCAGAAGUCGCUGCGCUCCUACUGGAGGAACUACUUUGAGAGCACAGACGGGUUGGUGUGGGUAGUGGACAGCGCGGACAGACUCAGACUGGAGGACUGCAAGCAGGAGCUCAGUUCACUGUUGCAGGAGGAGAGGUUAGCUGGUGCAACACUGCUGGUGUUUGCCAACAAACAGGAUUUACCAGGAGCCCUGUCAAAAGAGGCAAUACGAGAGGCGCUGGCCCUGGAUGAGAUCAAAAGUCAUCACUGGUGUAUCAUCGGCUGCAGUGCAGUAACAGGAGAGAACUUGUUAGCUGGAGUGGACUGGCUAUUAGAUGAUAUUGCUGCGAGGAUCUUCACCGCCGACUGAGUGUGUCUGUUUUUUUUGUUUGUUUUUUUAAACAGCAGCAUCUCAUGUUGGGUGAGCUCUGACACGACCCCAGGCUCCUCACUGGACUGCAGAUCCUACAUAUCAAAAUAGAGAUUAACACUUGAAUUUUUUUUGUUCCAUCAGCUACUUGAGGUGAUGCAUGGUUACAGGAAUCACACCUGGCUUUUAUAGAUAUUUUUAUUUACUAUUGACAGACACAGUUGAUUCAGAUAUUUUGCAGUGGGAAAAGAUGAGCAGUGUGUGAUUCUAUCAAAAUGUCACACACACUGAAACCUAAAUAACGCUUGUUUACAGCAACGUAAUGACUGACAUGAACCUCUUUGCUCCCACUUUUAUACUAUGUGGUACAUCAGAUUGUCAGCUGAUGAUUUUUGCUUUGAUCAAAAGUGUUUUAACAAAUUUAAAAUGCCAUCUGAAUAAAGAUUGCUGUCACUA